AUGGUGUUCGAAUCACUUGUCGCCGACCUGCUCAACAGGUUCCUCGGCGAUUUUGUCGACAAUUUGGACUCGUCCCAACUCAACAUCGGAAUUUGGGGAGGUACGGUUCACUGAAAUUGGCUCUGAAACUAAAGUGGUUUGUUUUGUGCAGGAGAUGUGAAACUGGACAAUCUGCAAGUGAAAGAGACGGCGCUCGACGAUUUCGACUUGCCGAUCAAGCUGAAAUACGGAUAUUUGUCGUCGCUGGUGCUGAAGAUUCCGUGGAAGAAUUUGUACAACGAGCCGGUGAUCGCGACGAUCGACGGCCUCAAUCUGAUCGUGGUGCCGAACAAGGGAGUCGUGUACAACGAGGAGAAGGCGGCGAAGAACGUGCAGGAGGUGAAGCAGAAGACGUUGGCCAGACUCGAAGAGGCGCGCAAGGAGCGCAGAAAGCCCAAAGACCCGCAGGCGGACACGUUCGCCGAGAAAAUGGUCACCCAGAUUAUCAAGAACCUUCAGGUUCGUGUCAAUUUCCUUUUGAAAAUGUUGUAAAUUUUUUGCGAAUUUUCUGAAACAGACAUUUUUACUGUUUCAGCAUUAUUUCCAGUUCUCUCAAACGAUUUUCCGUUGCCUCUUUCGCAACUAUUUUUUCUUUUUGCAGGUGUCCGUCUCGAACAUCCACGUGCGCUUCGAGGAUCGUUAUACGAACCGUCACCGUCCGUUCGCAAUGGGAGUCACUCUGGAGAAGCUCUACUUCAAGGUACUGUAAUCCGUUGUCUUUUACAGCUAGAAAUAUUCAAUUUCUGGUGUCUGAAACUAAAAACUGCUUCGAACGUUCAAAAAAUGUUGAAAAUUACAGACGACCGACGAGAACUGGAAGGAGACGAUCCACAAAGACGUGGUGAAGAUCAUCUACAAGCUGGUCUCGCUGCAGAAUCUGGCCGUCUACUGGAACUCGUCGACCGAAUUCAUUUCGGACUUGGACGACAAGGAGCUGAUCCGGAAGAAGCUGCAAGCGACGAUCCACGACGGAAAAAUGGCCCCGGCGGGCUUCAAGUACAUUCUGGAGCCGAUUCAGAUGGAGGCGAUGCUCAAGUUGAACCAGAAGCCGGAGACGGACGGCUCGAAUUGGACGAUUCCGAAAAUCGAUUUGGCGGUGGACAUGCACGCACUCGCACUGGCGAUCGGAAAGUUCCAGUACCAGGAUGUGCUGCUCUUCCUGGAGGCGCAAGAACGAUUCAAUGCGGCCGGACAGUAUCUGAAGUACCGGCCGAAUUUGAACGAAUUCAAGGGACACUACAAACAGUGGUGGAAGUUCGCCUAUACGGCCAUUCUGGAGGAAAAGGUAUAAUAUUCAGUUGAAGGCAGAAAAUGAUAGAUUUUUCGACUGAACGUUUGGCUGGCAGAGGCUUUUCGAACGGUUUGACCCACUUGCAAUCAUCCGAUCGGGCUCAAACUUUGCAGCAUUAUUGGCCUUGGAUUGAAGUAUCUGGGGUCCAAGUUUCAGACCGAUCCGAUUAUCUGGUCCCGAGAUACAGUGAUUUAUGACCGAAAACCCCUGGUUUGUGCGAAAAGCCAGUAGUUUUCGGCCCUAUCCGAGGCCAAUAGUCCUGCAAAGAUUGGGAUCGAUCGGAUGAUUGCAAGUGGAUCGAAAGUUUCAGAAAAUUCCCGUUUCAUACAUAUCAGAAACGUUUCAAAGUUUUAGUAAAAUGCUCUGAGACGAACGGUUUAUCACAAAAAAUUGUAGGUGCGUCGCCGUCGCAGCAACUGGUCAUGGGAACGAAUGCGCAAGCACCGCGCCCUCGUGCACCGCUACCAGAAGGCGUGGGUACGACGCCAGACGGAGGCGAGUCCCGGCGCGGAAGUGGAGGCGACGAUCAAAGAGGCCGAGAAGGCGCUCGACGUGUUCAACGUGAACGUGGCGAGGCAGCAGGCGGAACUGGAGAUCGACCGGAACGGACUGACGCGGCAGGAGGACAAGCCGCAGGGAUGGGUCGCCUGGGGCAAGAGCUGGUUCGGAGGGGCAUCCGGGGGACCGCCACCUGGUGGGGAGCACAAGAAGAAGGACGGAGGAAAGGACAUUGGCUCGCAGUUCCAGGUUGGCAGUAUUCAUAAAUGUUGGGGAAGACUGAAAUUGCGUGCAAAAAAACGUGGAGCUUCAGACUUCCUGAUUGAAGAAGUGGGAACUAACCUUUUUCAACCAACUCGUGAAACAGGAAAAACUUUUUUUUUUAAUCGUAAACAAAAGAACCAUAGCUUUUUGCGUAUUUGAAAUUUCUCCCCAUUUUGAGGCGGCGAUGACUCCGGAAGAGAAGGCGAAACUGUUCGAGGCGAUCGACUAUCAGGAGAACAUUCCGCCGACGAACUACCCGAAAGAGUUUGUGGAGAAUCGGUUCGAGUUCAAGCUCGGACAGGUGGCCAUCGUCGUCGACGGCGCCGUUUCGAUGCAGUUGCUGCAGUUGAAGGCCAACGUCGAGCAGAGACCCAGUGCCGGCGCCAUGCAGUUUGUUUUAACCUUUUUGCAAAACAAAUGGGGGAAUGAUGAAAACUGAUAAUCACUUUAAUUUUCACUGUAAAAAUAGCAGUUUUUAUGAAUUUUCCAGAAAUUUUUGACAAAACCUGUAAAUUUCCAGCGUGGAGUCGGCGAUCCAAGAGUUGCGAAUGGACGGCUGCGGCCGUGAAGUGAUCCGAGUCCGCGACCCGUCGGUCCCGUGGAUGUCGUUCCUGCUCGACACGAACCCGCUGACGAGCGACUACGAUCAGCUGGUGAAGCUGGCGAUCGCCCCCAUCAACGUGAAGUACCAGGCGCCGGCGAUCAACAACGCGAUCGACGUGUUCAAACCGCCCGAGUCGGUGCGGCUCAACCAACUCACCGCGCUCGCGAUGUCCCGCUACGAGGAGGUGAAGGCGCGAUCGGUGACGGGACUGGCGCACGCUGUCGAGCAUCGUUCCCGUCUUGUGCUCGACGUGCAGAUCCAGCCGGCGAGAGUCUACGUCUCCGAGGGCGGCACUUUCGACGCGGAGAAGCCGACGCUCCUCGCGGAUCUCGGAUUGCUCUCGGUCAUCACCGUCGACACUUCGACCGUCAAAACGGACGGACUCGACAAGCUGGCGGCGUUGAUGGAGAAGGCCUACGAUCGAUUCCAUGUGAAGCUGAGCAACGUCGUGAUUGCGUUCGCUGAGAAUGUGGAGACCGCCGAAAAGUGCGUGUUCGAGAAGGAAUCGCCGUUGCACGUGCUUAAGCCCACCGGGUUGGAUAUACAGGUGAGGAGGGCUUUUGGAAUUUCUCAAAAAUAUAGUAUUCAGAUCCACAAAUCGUCGAUCGACGAUCUGCGCCUGUCAAAGAUGCGUGUGCUCGGCGACCUUCCCGACAUUGUCGUCGGAAUUUCGGACGUUCGUCUCAUCGGACUCAUGAAAUUGGCCCUUUCGAUCCCGACGCCGGCGCCCGACGUGAAGACGAAGGCGGAGAAGGAGCUGGAGGAGGUGCCGGUGGCGAAGAUCAAGGAUCGCGCCAAGAUGCGAACGAUCAUGGAGGCGGAGGAGAUGGAGGAGGACGAGACGCAGAAGGAGACGGAGUCGGAGGAGAAGGAGGGAAAAGAGGGGAAGAGGAAGAAAAAGACGAGCGAGCAGCAGGUGCAGAUCGAGCUGGACCUCCGACUCAACCAGAUCGGAGUCGUCGUCUAUAGAAAGGAGGCCGUCUUCUGCGACGUGUCGAUCCUCAAAAUGGCGUGCAAACUGCAAAUGCGCACGUUCGACAUGGUCGUCACCGCCGAACUCGGCUCCAUUCGAGUCUCGAUGCCAGAAUUCAACUCCCUGGAUUCGAAACGACCACAUUUGUACCUGAUCGACAAUGACGAGUUGGAGGGCGCACUGAUGACGUUGAAAUUCGUGCAGGCCAAUCCCGAAUCGCCGUUUUUCCAUACCGAAUACCACUCGACGGAACAGGCGAUCGACUUCAACUUCACCAAACUCGCAGUCUCCCUCCAUCAAGAAGGAGUUUUGGAGUUGAAAGCGUUCGGAGAAGCAGUGCAGGGGCAGCUUGCCGAGCUGCAGAAGGACAAGCCGGAGGAGGAGAAGUUGGAGGAGUUGACGAGGAAGAUCAGCAAGAAAUUGAGUGAAAGUGCCCUUUCCCUGGUGUCACUCACGGCGGCGACGUCGUCAUCGACGAAAGAGAAGGAGAAGCGGCAGAGGAAGAAGACGGUCGGAGCACUGGCGGCAGUGGAGGACACCUCCAGAAACAUCAAACAACACAUCCGCGCGUCGUUCGGAAGUUUGGCGCUCAUGAUCGGAACCCAAAAGGCGCUGGAGACUAGUUUGGCUAUUGAACAUGUAGGUUUCUUCGGGGGCGAAAGAAACCAGGGGACAGAGUAGACGAUUCUGUAAUAGUGUCACCUGAUUUUAUGCGAAACCCGAAACAUGUCGAUUUUCAGAUCCAUGCGAACGUGAAAAUGACGGAGAAGGCGAUGGAGGUGGUGGCGACACUGCGCGCCAUAUCGAUGGAAGACCGCACGACGGACGCCGUCUACAAGAAGCUGCUCUCGGUGACGGGCUCCGAAGACAUGCUCCGCUUCGAUUUUGUCCAAUACCAACGAAGCGACGAGCAGCGGGCCAAAAUGGUCGCCGCCGACGUGGAUAUGGUCGUGAAGAUGCGGCUGGCACAGAUGCGAUUCGUCUUCCUCAACCUGUGGUUGGCCCGCCUCAUGGCCUGGAUCGCACCGUUCCAGAACGAAGCGGUCCGAGCCGCCCAUGCGGCUCAGGCGGCCGCCGCGGAAAGAGCGGCGACGGCGGCGCAGAAUGUGAAGCAGAUUAUGGAGCAGUCGCCGCCGCGCAUCCAACUAGACGUCGUGCUCGAGGCGCCGUUCAUCGUGGUGCCCCGACUAUCAACCUCCCGUGACGUGAUCGUCCUCCAUCUCGGACGACUGGCGCUCAAGAACGAUAUUCGUGGCGAUGCGCACUUCCCGAAGGCGGUCAUCGAUCGGAUGGACAUCCAGCUGAACGAUUGCACGUUCGGAAUGGGCGUGAUGAACGAGGACGUGUCGGCGGUCUCGUCGACGUGCUCGAUUCUGAAGCCGAUCUCGUUCAAACUCGCACUGCAACGCAACCUGACGUUUGCGAGUGUCAAGCAACUGCCAGAAAUUGUGGUCGACGCGCAUCUCAACUCGAUCGAAGCGGAAAUGUCGGAUGUCGACUAUAAGACGCUCAUGCAGACGCUUUCCGGAAACCUAGCAGAAGGUGCGGAUCUUGCGGUCCCACCUCCUCCGCCACCACCAGCACUCACGGAAACCACUGCGACUGCACCGACGACCCCCGGAAAAGAGCAAGUGAAAAAGGAUAGAGAGGCGAAUGCGGGACCACCGGCGCCCGUCGAAAAACCGCACACUCGCAUCGUUUUCCAAUUCGUUCUCGACAAAAUCUCGGCGGUUCUGUACGAAGGAGAAGCUCGGAAUGGAGUGCGCAACGAAUCGGACGCCUUCGCUGCACUCCGUCUCAACAAUGUGAAAACGUCGGGAAAGAUUGGCGAGGACAACUCGCUGGUGUUUGCAAUGUCGUUGGACGCGUUCACGAUGGACGACGAGCGAAAGGAGCGGACGAAGAUUGCAAAGCUGAUGGACAAGAAGGGCGCGCGGGAGGAGCGCUUCCUCGACAUGUCGUUCAAUCAGGACGCCGAGGCGAACAAGCAGGUCAAACUCAAAAUGACCGCAUUCUUCAUUUGUCUGUGUCCCGAGUUUCUCGGAUGCCUCACCCGCUUCUUUAAUGUGCCGCAAUCGGAAGAGCAGGCCGAGAAGGAGGCGAUCUCAGCGGCGACCGCACCGACAAAGGCAGUUUCUGGAGCUCCGGCAGGAGCCAAAACGGGAUCUUCGGGGCCGCCAGCUCCGGCCGGAACGAUUGCGAUCGAUUGUGAUAUGCAUGGUGUCGAGGUGAUUCUUGUGGAGGAUUCGAUGCAUCCCGAGUCAACACAGGCACUGAUCCUCUCGUUCAACGUCACGGCCGCAUCGCAUCCCGACGAGGCGACGAAAGACACGCAAAUGAACGUGGCGGUCGAGAAUCUGACCAUCUUUUCGAGUUAUUAUCAGCCGAGUCGACGCAACGAGGUCACCUAUCAAGUCCUGAAUCCGGUUACCAUUCGCGCGUUGGUCAAUAUGAAUACGGAGAAGAAGACGACCGACGCGGUGCUCCGAAUGUCGGCGAUGGACGUGAAAAUGUCGCCGUCGAUCAUUCGACUCCUGUCGGCCGUCUCGGCGGAAUUCGCCAAGUCGAGUGCCGCACAAGAAGCGGGCACAUCUUCCGGACAGAAAGUGGCGAAACUGCGCAAGUGGCCGCAAUACUUUGAGCCGAAACCCAUUGACCAUCGAAAGUACUGGUUUUUUGCUGCCCCCGUGGCCGAGGAGGCGCUCGAGGAGGACGCGACACAGGAGGACACGGAGCAGAGGACUCUGAGAACGGACUCGAUGAUCGGGAAGGAGAGCGCCAAGGUCGAGAUUGAGAGGAUCUCGUUCACGUUGGAAGCCGGCACUGGAGCGGUACGUUUCAAUGGAAAAAUAUUCGAAAUUUUGAAAAAAUUCGGUCUAAAACUGAUAAUUUCCAGAAAUGUGUCAAGAGCACACACAAAAUGAAUGAAAAUCAUUGCAGAUCCCCGUCCCGCUGAUCUUCCUGGACAUGCUCAUCAACGCGGAAGCGCACGAUUGGUCGUCGGCGAUGCGUGUCUCCUCGGGAAUCUCCCUCCAAAUGACCUACUACAACGAGUCGGUGAGUGUGUGGGAGCCGAUUAUCGAGCCGGUGGAGAACGAGAAGGGCGAAUUCGAGCGGUGGCGCCUGACGAUGACGAUGAAGUCGCGGAACAAACAGGACACGACGGACACGUCCCCGCAGACGGACGUCAAGAUCGAAGCGGACCGGAUGCUGAACGUGACGGUCACCAAAUCGCUGCUCUCGCUGCUCAACAAGCUCUCCGAGGCGUUUGCGACGGCCGCCAAACAGAUUACGCCCACACAAACCCGUCAUUUGCCAGGAAUCUCUCCAUUUGUGGUGCUCAACGAAACGGGAAUCGUCGUUAAAGUACUCGAUACGGAGACGGUGCGAGUGAGCGAGAACGGAGAAGCCGUGGAUGCGACGCACGGAGACUUUCUCGAUGUUUUCCUGAAGAACGGAAGACGGAACGACGAAGAUCGACGGCUCAGCAUCGAGCAGGAGGAGAUUCAGGGCGAUCUGAAGUUCGAACUCGUCGGAACGGUUCGCGAGACCAAGAUUGGACGGGCCGAGAAGCGGAUCAUCCAUCUGCCGAAAGUGAGCGAGGGCGGCCAUAAGUGGCUGAUCGUUUCGGAGACGACGAUAGAGAACAAUCGCCGACUGGUGACACUCAACUCGCACGUCAAAGUGACCAACCACCUGAGCUAUCCGGUCGAGCUGUACUCGAAACGAGACACGACACUCGACCUGUUCGGAACUGUCGAACACGGAGAGACCAUCCCGCUCGCGGUCCCACUUCUCUUCUCGCCUUCUGGAGAUAUCUACUUGAAGCCGGUGGAUGACAAGUGGGUUUUGAGCAAAGCUGGACAAAACGUCCACUUAGAAUAAUCCGAUCGGACCCAAACUUUGCAGACUUCUUGGGAACCUGAAAUAUUUAAAUCCAAGUCUAAGAAGGCCUACAAAGUUUGAGUUCGAUCGGACUAUUACACGUGGCUCGAAAGUCCAGGCGCAUCACAAAAAAGUGUUUUCGCAGAUACGAAGUGUCGUUCGAGUCGCUGUGCUGGCACAACUUCGAGCACAACCGUCGACAGGCGGUGCGUUGCGAGGCGGACACGAGUUCGGACGCCGGCCCAUUCACGGGCAUCUACAUCGAUUCGGUGGUGCACGAGGAGAAGGUGCAAGACGGCGCCGACGAUCAGACGACGUCCGUCUUCCACGUGCAUCUGUAUCCCCCACUGGAGUUCCACAACAACCUCCCGUGCGACGUGCAACUCGAGACGCCCGAACAGAAGACGUUGGCCGCCGGAACGGGCACUCUUUUGAAUGUGGUGGCCGGAAGUACGAUCAAAUUGUGGGUCAACUAUCUCGGAGAGAAAUAUGUGCUCGAAAUGCCGGUGCCCGAGGUCAAGAAGGAUUUGGAGGUGGUCGCGUUGAACACGGAGACCGGAUCCGAUGAAUUGGUACGCCGUUUAAGAGAGUCCUUAUUUUCUUUGCAAUUAAAACAUCUCACUCAAUUUUCAGUUGUUGGGUCUCCACUGGACGAGCGAGUACGGCGACCAGAAGGUCUAUCUGUACGCGCCGUUCUGGCUCGUCAACAAUACCGAAAAGAUUCUCCGACACGUGGUAGGCGAUUUUUUCUCAAUUGUUCAGUCCCAAAACUAGUUUUUUUUUUCAAGCCCCAAAAGUGGAAGCUCGUAUAUUUGUAAUUAAAGAAAACGGGUCCUCUUUGCUGAAAGCAAUGCUUUACUCGGCUUCUACUAUCGCUUCUUCUUUUUUUUUGUAAUGUAAAUGACCCCUCCACUCACUCACUCCUCCCCUUCUAUUAAUAUAUUGUCCAUUCGUUUUUUUCUCCAUUUUUUUCAAUCUAGGAAUCCUCCGGAAACAUGUUGACAAACACGGCGCGUGGGUGUGUCCCGUGUGGAAAGAAGUCGGUCGUCUCGUCGCAAGAGGUUUACCCAUUUUUUCUUCCUAUUUUUCGGGAUUUGUUGAUAGUUUUUCCCGAGUUUUUGGGCAAUUCUUCAAUUUUUGAUUGAAAAUUGCAGAACGACGAUGCCGUUCAGCAUCUUCCGAACGAGAAUCCGAUCAUUUUGCCGUUCCCCGCCGUCGAUUUGGCCAAGAAAAAGAAGGUAACAACAUGUGUUUUUUGUCGCUUUUGAAUUGGGAAAUGUCCCAAUUCAAAAGCGUAUUGCUUUGACGAAAAAUUCAAAAAUCAAAUGUUUUGUAGGCGCGUGUUCGAAUCGACAACGAAAGUGAGUGGUCGGAGGAGUUCCCGCUGGAUACGGUCGGAAAUGCCGCGAGAAUCACGUGCAAAGGAGGCCACAAUGAUUUUGAUGUGGGUUUUGAGUUGAGCGCCGGCGGUUCGUGACAGGCAAACUGUCUAAGUUACUUCUAUGGGUCACAUUCGUUCUGUUUCCACUCAUUUGAGCCCGUCAGAAUACCCGUACCUGGUAUGUCCUUAAGGUGUAGCAAUCUGGACAUUUCCGGUUUUACCGCGAUAAUCCGGUCGGAAAAAACAGCCCUUUUCCUCAUUUUUUUUUGUCAAUCGAAUAAUCAUUUGCAGUUGACGGUGGACAUCAAGCUGUGCCAGUCGGGUCUCACCAAGAUUGUCACAUUUGCUCCGUUCUACCUGGCCUCCAAUCUCGGCAAAUAUCCGAUGGAAAUUCGCGAGGAAGGACAGAAGACGUGGAUCGAUGUGCCUGCCGAGACGGUGUGUUUGAAAAUUCGAAAAAGUUUGAUAUUGUCGUUUUGUUAGUUUUUAAUUUAAAAAAAAGUAGGAAAAUCUGAAUUAUCGUUAAAAUCCGAAAUGUUGCAGUGCGUCGGACUGUGGCCAGUGGAACGAAAGAAGCGAAAGCUGAUGGCGGUCCGAUAUAAGGAGGAGCCGACGGCCGAAUCGCUCUUGUUCCCGAUCACAGAGAACUACGAGACCCUGUGCCAGAUGGACGGCGAUUCGAUCGGAGUGGAGGUGUCCGUUUCGACCGGCGAGUCCUCGGUCGCCAUCCAUUUGAGCCCAUUCGCCCCCGGAAUGUGUCCCGUCCAACUGAUGAACAACCUCAAAGUGCCCAUCGAGUUCGGUCAGAAGGGACACAAAAAGACGACGGUCCCGCCGAAUCAGACGGCCCAGUUCACGUGGGCCAGUGUGAUCGAGGAAAAGACUCUGGAAGUGAGCAUCGGAGACUGGAAACUCGAGGACAAACUCGAUCAGAACCGGUUUGGCGACUAUCAAAUCGAGAAGAACGUUCGUCGUUUCGCCUACUACUCGAAUUUCCUGAUCGGACGCCAACGCGUGCUGCUCUUCACGCCCGACGUCGACGUGGCGAAGGCGGCGUACGGUAGCUGGGAGACGGAUAUUGUCGAUAUGCAGGCGGAGGUGUCGCUGCAAGGAUUCGGCCUGUCGGUCGUCGAUAAUAUUGUCGGUCGCGAGAUCAUCUACAUGGCCGUCUCGUCGUCCGAUAUUCUCUGGGAGGAGGAGGUCAAAAAGGGACGAUUCAAGCCGCUGGCCGUCAAAUUCAUGCAGGCGCUCGAGGAGAAGUACCAGACGACACUCGCGAAUCCGCGCGACGAGUAUGAGAGUCUGGAGGGAAUGGAGGUGAACAUCAAUCGCAUGAUACUCAAGAAGAAGAAGGGCAAGGAGGUGAAAUUGAGACGGAUCUUCGAGAAGGGCGUCUGGGCGAGCUACGGAAAGAGCGCGCAGAGGACGCGGUUGCACGCGAAGAUCAAUCAUAUACAGAUUGAUAAUCAGGUACGCCUUUUUUGGACAUUUUUCCAGUUCUAAAUUCUAAAAAAUGUUCAGCUCGACGCGUGCGUCUUUCCGAGAGUUCUCUCCGUCGUUCCGCCGCCGAAGAGUGUCAUCGUGGACAAUAGUGAGUUUCGCUUUUCAAAUAUUCAAUUUUUGCGACUUUUUCCUGAAUGUCCAAUGAUUUUAUCCACUUGGCGAAUUAAUUAUAACCAAAACCCCAUUUUUCCAGCGCCGAAGCCGUUCAUCGAGUUGUCUCUGCUGCAACGUCAGCCCGAGUUCUCGUCGAUCGCCGAAAUCGAGUACGCGCACGUGCUGAUCCAGGAGUUUGCGGUGCAAGUCGACCAGGGACUCAUCAACGCCCUGCUUCUGCUGAUUUCGGGCGAAGUCGCGCGGAAGCCGUACGGCAAAGAAAUGUUCGACGAGGACGUGAAAAUGUGCCACGUGACACUGUCGGAGACGGCGAGCGCCUACCGAUCGCAGCGGCCGAAGGCGUUCUACAACGACCUGCACAUCUCGCCGAUCAUGAUGCACUUGUCGUUCUCGCAAGGCGGCACUUCAGGAGACGCCGCCUCGUCGGCCGCGCAAGUGCCGAUCCAGUCGGAGAUGAUCAACGUGCUGCUGAGAUCGGUGGGCGUCACGCUCACCGAACUGCAGGACGUCAUCUUCAAACUCGCCUAUUUCGAGCGCAAAUGCACCUUCUACAGUCCCGAACAACUGAACGGAGAGAUUGUGUCGCACUACGCGAAACAGUUCAUCAAGCAGGUGUAUGUGCUCGUGCUCGGACUCGACAUCAUCGGAAAUCCGUUCGGAUUGGUGCGAGACUUGUCCGCCGGAGUCGAAGAUCUCUUCUAUCAGCCAUUCCAGGGAGCCAUUCAGGGCCCCGAGGUGAGCAUCGCGUUUAGGGAGCACACCCUAACAACAAUUUUCAGGAAUUCGCGGCGGGAGUGGCGCUUGGCGUGCAGUCGAUGUUCGGACACGCGGUCGGCGGCGCGGCGGGCGCAGUCAGUCGAAUCACGGGAACGGUGGGCAAGGGCGUCGCCGCGCUCACGUUCGACGACGACUACAUGAAGAAGCGGCAGGAGGACCUGAACCGCAAACCGCAGUCGUUCUCGGAGGGCAUGGCGCGCGGAUUCAAGGGACUCGGAAUGGGCGUGGUCGGCGGACUGACUGGCGUCGUGACGAAGCCGAUUGAAGGAGCGAAGCAGGAGGGCGGACUCGGAUUCGUGAAGGGCGUCGGCAAGGGACUCGUCGGAAUGGUCACUCGGCCAGUCUCGGGAGUCGUCGACUUCGCCUCGGGCACCCUCAAUUCGGUCAGAGCCGUCGCCGGAACCAACACGGAGGCGGGACCGCUCAGACCGCCACGUGUACUCCGCGCCGACAAGAUUGUCAAGCCGUACUCUUCGGGAGACGCCUACGGAUUCAAAGUGUUCAAGGUUAGCAGUGAGGGACACUAUUUUUAGACAUGAAUCACAGGGGGGGGGGGGGCUAGUUUUUCAGCCUCGUCACGAAUUGCGGUUGUUUUUAUUUGAAUUCAGGACCAACUUCCUUCUUUUUAUUUCAUUCAGUGCCGGUGAUCACUUUGAAAUGCUGCGAUAGGAAAGUGCGCUCUAGUCAAAUUGUGGAUCGCCAAAUGAAAAAAAAAGAAAUUUGGUCCAGAAUUCGCAUAAAAACAACUGCAAUUUGUUACGCGGCUGAAAAACUAAGCACCCCGCAGAGAUCAGGAAAAGAGGAGAUCUCUCACACAGAUCUCGUUCACUUUGAAAUGAUCCGACACGAGUGGUUUGAUCGAAACGUUUUAAAUUUGGUCAGUAAUGAUCAUCAAAUUUUCAUAAAACUGAUAAUUUUCGCAGUUAAAACCUCUCAUUUUUGUGCAGGAUACGGACCGCGGCGAGCUGUCGGAAACGGACGAAUUCAUAACGUACGCGUCGAUCAGCGACAAAAUCGUGCUGAUCGUGACGGACCGCCGACUGGUCCUCUCGAAACGAACCGACGUGAUGGGUGUGUGGCAGACGGAGUGGGCGAGCGAGUACCUCAAGAUCAAGGAGCCCGAGUUCAUUCCGAACGGAGUCAAAAUUUUGCUCAAAGUGAGUUUGGGCGAUUGUUUGUUUGUUUUGCCCAGCGCUGAAAUGUUCAUUAUAUUUCUGCUCUACGAGUAGUGUGAUUUUAAAACAACUCCCUAACAAAGCAUUUUGAUGAAACCGUGAAAAUUUUAAUUUGUUUGCAGGAAAAGAAGAAGGGAUUUCUGGGAAUCGGCUCGUCGGAAGGCAAAAUAAUCACAUUCCAAAACGCGGAGAAAAUUCAUCCGAAACUGGCGGCGGCCCACAAAAAAGCCACGAUGGCCUGA